CGCCUCACGCCCUCUCCCACUCUCUCUUCAUUCUAAUCCAUUUCAUUUCCCUCAUCUCUCUCUCUCUCUCUCUGACUCUUUCUCUGUCUCUCUCCAUUGGGCGAUUCACGAACACAAGAGCACAGAAUCACAGUGACGAGCAAUUCUUUUGAAUAUCUAGGGUUUCGAUCUGGCUUAGUGCGUUUCUCCGGCGAGCGAGUGCGCUCUCUCCGCUCGCGAUUCCGAGAUCCGGUUGGUUCUCCUGUCUUGGCUCGAGAUCCGGGCCAAGCACAGAAGAAUCCGCGAAGGAAGAUCUCUGCGACUCCCGUCCUGGAUUAGGGCUUCCGGUCGAUCAGUCUCCUCCUCACCGGUUCUCUCCGCUCCAACUGCAGAGAGGAUUUGUGAGUGUAAAUGGCUUCAAACGAGGGGUUUCUGACGAAUGAGCAGAGGGAAUUGUUGAAAAUUGCGAUGCAGAAUGCGGAGACUUUGUCUUCCUCUCCGAAGUCCCCAACUUCUUUGCUUUCUGAGCAUCCUUUAAAAGUUCCGGCAGGUGGCAAGGCACCCACGACUGGGAUUGCCGUGAGGCACGUGCGGCGCUCGCACUCCGGGAAGUUGGUGCGAGUGAAGAAAGAUGGUGCUGGUGGGAAGGGCACAUGGGGGAAACUUCUUGAUACUGAUGGUGAAUCGCAUAUUGAUAGAAAUGAUCCCAACUAUGAUAGCGGCGAGGAACCAUAUCAGCUUGUUGGGUCAACCAUCUCAGAUCCUUUAGAUGACUACAAAAAAGCUGUUGUUUCUAUUAUAGAGGAAUAUUUUAGCACUGGUGAUGUGGAAUUGGCAGCAUCUGACCUCAGGGAACUGGGCUCAAGCCAAUAUCAUCCCUACUUUGUUAAGAGGCUUGUUUCCAUAGCCAUGGACAGGCAUGAUAAGGAGAAGGAGAUGGCUUCAGUACUGCUUUCAGCUUUAUAUGCUGAUGUCAUCAGCUCAGCCCAGAUUAGCCAAGGAUUUGUCAUGCUGCUUGAGUCUGCCGAUGACCUUGCUGUAGACAUUCUGGAUGCCGUUGAUGUCCUUGCUUUGUUUGUUGCCCGUGCCGUGGUUGAUGAUAUCCUCCCGCCGGCUUUCCUCACCAGGGCAAAGAAGACUGUCUCAGAAUCUUCUAAGGGGCAUCAGGUUAUUCAAACUGCUGAGAAGAGCUAUCUCUCAGCUCCACACCAUGCUGAACUUGUGGAGCGGAAAUGGGGUGGUAGCACCCACAUUACUGUCGAGGAAGUGAAGAAAAAGAUUGCUGAUCUGCUGAGGGAAUAUGUGGAGAGUGGCGAUACUUCUGAGGCUUGUAGGUGCAUACGGGAGCUGGGGGUUUCUUUCUUCCACCAUGAGGUUGUGAAGAAAGCUUUAGUUCUUGCAAUGGAAAUCCGAACAGUGGAAUCAUUGAUCAUGAAACUACUAAAGGAGGCUGCGGAGGAAGGCCUGAUAAGUUCAAGUCAAAUGGUAAAGGGUUUUGCUCGGUUGGCUGAGAACCUUGAUGACCUUGCUCUUGACAUUCCUUCUGCAAAAUUGUUGUUCCAAUCCCUAGUUCCCAGGGCAGUCUCUGAAGGAUGGCUUGAUGCUUCAGUUUAUAACCCCGCCAGUGAAGAUGGAGAGGUGCAUGUAGAUGAAGAAAAGGUCAGGAAAUUCAAGGAAGAGGCUGUGACCAUAAUCCAUGAAUAUUUCCUCUCAGAUGAUAUUCCAGAACUCAUCCGAAGCCUUGAAGACCUAGGGGCACCUGAAUAUAACCCAAUUUUUUUGAAGAAGCUAAUCACGCUUGCAAUGGACAGGAAGAACAGAGAGAAAGAGAUGGCUUCUGUCCUAUUAUCUGCCCUUCACUUUGAGUUAUUCUCAACUGAUGACAUAGUCACUGGCUUUGUCAUGCUCCUGGAAUCUGCAGAAGACACAGCCCUCGACAUCUUGGAUGCUUCAAAUGAGCUCGCUCUGUUCUUGGCUCGGGCUGUGAUCGAUGAUGUCUUGGCUCCUCUAAACCUGGAAGAGAUAGGCAGCAAGCUUCUGCCAAACUGCAGCGGGAGUGAGACUGUUAAUAUGGCUCGGUCCCUCAUUGCCGCCCGUCAUGCUGGGGAGAGGAUCUUGAGAUGUUGGGGUGGUGGUACUGGCUGGGCCGUGGAGGAUGCGAAGGACAAGAUAUUGAAGCUUUUGGAGGAGUACGAGAGUGGGGGUGUUGUAGGGGAAGCUUGCCAGUGCAUUCGUGAUCUUGGGAUGCCUUUUUUCAACCACGAGGUGGUGAAGAAAGCACUGGUCAUGGCCAUGGAGAAGAAGAAUGACCGGAUGCUGGAUCUGCUGCAGGAGUGCUUCAGUGAAGGGCUGAUCACCAUUAAUCAGAUGACCAAAGGUUUCACCAGGAUCAAGGAUGGGCUUGAUGAUUUGGCUCUCGACAUCCCAAAUGCAGCAGACAAGUUUGAUUUUUAUGUGGAGCAUGGCAAAAACAAGGGCUGGCUCCUUCCAACUUUUGGGUCGCCCUCCUCAGAUGCCACAGCUUUAACCACAUCCACUGCUGUGGUUUCUUGAGUCUGUGUUUUCCUCAGAUGCUCAGCUUCUUUAACAUCCAAAGACAUCGUUUCCUGGGGGAAAAACUGUUUUCUCUAUAAUGUAUGUUGUUGCCUUUCUCUCCAUUUUCUAUUCGUACUAUCUGGAGCCGUCGCUGCUGCGCAGCGAUGUGCGAAAUGGGAAUAUGGAAUGUUUGAAUUCCUCAAAUCUUUUAUUUUAUUUUAUUUUUUUUUGGAAUUGGUUCUGGUGAUCAUCAGUUGGGAACUCCUAGUACCAGUUUAUGUAAAAAGGGUUGGGUCAUUUUGGUGUUCUAAUGACAUAGUUUCUAGGCAAAUGCAGCAUCAGAAAGCAUGUUGGUUUAUAUCAUGCUUCUCUUGUGUCAGAUAAGGAUGCAAUAUUUUGUUGUUAGGAUCAUAACUUUUCAUUUAAAAAUUAAGUUCCAGAA